GGCCGUGACGGGGUCAUAGCUGAGCGUGUUUUGUCUUUUGUGGUAAGCAGAAGAGUGAAGUCCGAUCAGACAGCGGCGUCUCUUCCCUCUUCCCCGGAUCCUUUCAAAACUCCCUCCCGAACCUCUCCCCUUCUACCCUUGCCACCCUACCCACCCCCAGAGCACACCUUCAAGGGACAGUUCCGACUUUCAGCCAGUAGCCAAAACCUCUUUUUGUUGGUCAGUAAGCAGUCUGGAUUGAGCAGCAGAGAUGGACUCCAGUCUGGUUGAAGGAGGACUUAAUGUCACUUUAACCAUCAGGCUACUCAUGCAUGGGAAGGAGGUGGGGAGCAUCAUUGGCAAAAAAGGGGAAUCAGUGAAGAAGAUGAGAGAGGAGAGUGGUGCUCGCAUAAACAUCUCAGAGGGGAACUGUCCUGAAAGAAUUAUAACCCUCGCCGGACCCACUACUUCCAUCUUUAAAGCGUUCUCCAUGAUCAUUGAGAAGCUAGAGGAGGACAUCAGCAACUCAAUGACCAACAGUACGGCCACCAGCAAACCUCCAGUCACCAUGCGCCUUGUUGUGCCUGCCAGCCAGUGCGGCUCACUCAUUGGCAAAGGUGGCUGUAAGAUCAAAGAAAUCCGGGAGUCAGCAGGAGCUCAGGUACAAGUAGCAGGGGACAUGCUACCCAACUCAACAGAGCGUGCCAUUACCGUUGCAGGGACCCCCCAGUCCAUUAUUGAGUGCGUCAAGCAGAUCUGCAUUGUUAUGCUUGAGUCGCCACCAAAAGGAGUGACCAUCCCUUACAGACCCAAACCCUCAGGCUCUCCUGUCAUCUUUGCAGGUGGUCAGGUGAAGAACUUUUUUCUUUUUAAGAAAAAAGAAGACUUGAGUAGUGGGUGUUCUAUUAAUAGAGCUCCUAGCUUUGUUCUUGCUCCGCUAGAACAGCGGACAGGAAACAGGUGCUCACUGCUGCGCUCUUCUAAGUGCUGUUCUCUCCUUGCGCAGGCCUACGCUGUCCAAGGCCAGCAUGCCAUUCCACAGCCUGAUCUCACCAAACUUCACCAGCUGGCCAUGCAGCAAAGCCCCUUCCCCAUCGCACACAGCAACCAGGGCUUCCAGGCUGGGAUGGAUGCCUCCGCACAAACUGGCUCUCACGAGCUGACCAUUCCAAACGAUCUCAUCGGCUGCAUCAUUGGUCGUCAGGGCGCAAAGAUCAAUGAGAUCCGUCAGAUGUCCGGCGCUCAGAUCAAGAUUGCAAACCCAGUGGAAGGCUCGACUGACAGACAGGUCACCAUCACCGGCUCCCACGCCAGCAUCAGCCUGGCCGAGUACCUGAUCAAUGCCCGGCUUUCCUCUGAAGCUACUGGACUUGCAGCAAACUGACAUGGAGGAUCUUCAGCGAACCUUCCCCCACCCCCUACUUUUUACCGAGAGGUCCCUUAUUGAACUCAAUGCAAAAACCAAGUACUUCGAAACUCACCGUUUUCCCCAUGCUUUGGUUAGACGCCUCCUCAGUUGUAACUACAGCAUCAUCAGGAUAUUGGUAUUUUAUUUAUUUAUUAUACUUUUAAAAUCCCUUUUGCAUAUAGUUUUGGAAGACUUCUUUCUGUUGUACUUUUUUAAUUUUCUUUUGCUGUAUAUCUGUACGAUCUUCUUGAUAUAUUGUAACGCAGAAAAAUCUGGAAAAGGCAUAAAUGUUUUUUUUUUUCUUAUGUCGGAUUUUUCUUAGAAAAUAUUUAAAAAAAUGUAGAAAAAAAAAAUGAUAACAUAGAUUGACUGUUCUUUCCCUUCCUUUUGAAAUGCAGGUAUCUAUUUAUUUUUAUUUAAUACACAGUUCCUUGUACAAUUAGAAUUGAUAAUUGCCUUUUACUAUUUGAAAGCUGUACUUCCUGAUUGAGGCGUGUUGAGGGUUUCACGGGUCUCAGGCGGCGUCGGGGCGCUGGAAAUGUUUGAGUUGAAGUCGGAAAGUCGUUUUUCCUCAUCGGUGUCGGAUUUUAAGCUACUUCCUGUCUUUUUCUCUAACCUGCUGAUUUAUUUGGUUUUUGUCAUUCCUUUGUUUCCAUCGAUCAGGACGUUCGAGCAUUGGAAUUUAAUAAGCAUGGGGUGGGCGGGGCUUGGUCAUCAUGUGGGGGGAGGGUGGGGAAGAAAAAAAAAACGGAAAAAUAUUUUCUUUUCUCGGAAAGAACACAUUGAAAUGUUUGUUUUAAAUAGAGAAAAUAUUUUUUUUAACUGCAGGGCUCGGGGAAUGCUGCAAGGGGCAAAAACUACAAAGACACGUUGGUCUUUAUAAGUAUAUUAUACUAAGAUAUUAAAUUAUGAUGAACUAGAAGGAUAACUAUAGAAUUAACACUAGUUUCCUGCUAUCUUCUUUUUGCCUGGGUCAGAUUUUUAUUUUUACUAUUCUUUGCAGGAUGAAGAAACAAGUUUUUGUGCACGUUUUCAAACUAUUGUAGAUCUGGGUGCAACUAAAUUGUUGAAGACAUGAAAUGCAGAAAUAAAAGAUGUGAAAUGCUCAAAGGAA